AUGCAGAAGGGCGCAGCCUAUCCUGGAGACGCUCCUCAACACCAUGCAUAUGAUUUGCAUGGAGUUGGCGAGUCUAAGAACGAUGCGAACCACCGCAAUGACCGUCACUACUGUGCUGGCAACCUCACUGCUGCCAAUGCAGUCCACGGUCACGGCAACCACGCUGUCCACUCUUUGGGAACGUAUGACCACGCCGCCCGAGCCGGACAGGAUCCUGGCUUCGCCUUCUCUGCUAACGAAACCCACGAUGGCCUCAACUCUCUCCACGCCAUCGCUGCUCGUGGCGUAGCGUAUAGCGACAACACCUACAGCGGUCCCGGUGUGGGUAUCAAUCAUGUCGAAGCUGGCUUCUCCCCAUACGACAGCUUUGCUGCUCCUAGCUUCAGCAGUCGUGCCUUUCAGAAUGCUACGGUUAAUCCAUAUGCCAAUAACAUCAAUGACGGUAUCUACGCUCCCAGUAACGAUGGAUACAAUGUCGAAGCAGGCUUCUCUCCAUACGACAACAUUGCUGCUCCUAGCUUCAGCAGUGGUGCCCUUCAGAAUGCUACGGUUAUUCCAUAUGCCAAUAACAUCAAUGGCGGUAUCUACGCUCCCAGUAACGUCGGAUACAAUGUCGAAGCAGGAUUCUCUCCAUACGACAACAUUGCUGCUCCUAGCUUCAGCAGUCGUGCCCUUCAGAAUGCUACGGUUAUUCCAUAUGCCAACAACAUCAAUGGCGGUAUCUACGCUCCCAGUAACCUCGGGCACAAUGGCAACGACUACCUUGGUCACGCUGUCGGCAAUGUCACUGCCCCUGGCGCCUCCGUUCAGAGCGCCCGUGCUGCUGUUCCUCUUCAAUUUGGUGAUGGCGCCUAUCCUACUGGUAACAUCAACGCCAGUUUCUACCCGUCCAACAACGCCACCGUCAUCGGGCUGGUCGAUGGCAGCGACAAGUUUGGCACAUACGACGCUGGCUUUGGUGCUCAGUCCUCCGAUACGACACCUACCAUGAGCAGCACCCUCCCGCCUUCCACUCCCGGCCCGGUUGUCGGACCCAAUGGUCGUCCUCGCUGGGCUUGUACUGGAUGCGACAAAACGUUCACACGACAAGCUGACAUGGCACGUCACGCCAAGAAGCAUAGUGGCGUGUUCGAGUUUCAAUGUGAUGUCGCGGAGUGCAGCUACAGAGGCAGCUAUCGCCAGGACAAGUUGGACCAGCAUAAGAAGAACUGCCAUUAG